UGCUUCGGGACGUCUCCAAGUAUAUCGUCAAGUAUAGAUUCGAUAAUAACUCUACGCAAUCCCAGUGGCAAGGCUCAACCCUGCCUGGUCCUGUACUUGAUAUAGAACCAUUUGUUGUGCCAGGAGAUGUUUUCGAUCCCCUCAGUGAAGUAUAUGACUUGCAGCCAGCUUGGGCAUACGCAAAUCAUGUCUAUACACUCCAAGAGAUGCUAGAUAAUGGGGCUUGCCAAACCCUCGGGAAGUCUUUCCACUGGGGCUUUUCGUACAUUCAGCUCUUUAUUCUUAUCCUUGUACUCAUCCUAUGGACUGGCUGUACAUGCUUAUUUCAGUACUAUACACGUCGUUUCCCGACACUGGAAGACCAGCCAGAAAGACCUCGAGGCCUAAGAGCUAUACUGUUACUCGCCAGAGCCGCUGACGAUGAGUUAAAAGCAAACGGGAUUAAUCCUCACAGCCUAACGGAUAAACAUCUGAAGCGGCAAGUUUACAAAAGCUUAAAAGGUGGCGCAACAUCUUUUGGGUUCCCCCUGAGAAAGAAAAGUGCCCGGAGCAGUAUCUCUGAAUGGAUGAAAAGAGAUCUGCCGUGGGUGAUCAGUGCUAUAGCGUUGGCGGUGGCACUUUCUCUAUGGAUGGUGGUAUUUAUACUCCCUCCACUUUUGUUCUUCCCACUAUCUUUGGCAAUAUUUUGGGCAUAUUUCAUAGGGACGACAAUCAAGAGCAGGUUUCUCCUUGCGCUUUGUUUAUUAACCCUCGACUCUAUAGUGCUCGUACUAAUUAUGUAUUUUCUUCGAGGGGCUUUCUAAAAUCCAGAGCUUAAUGUUCGUAUUAAAACAACAAUAAUAAUCAUUUGGAGGCACAGGAAUACAGUGCCGGUCGCAUGCUCCUUGGGAAUCGAUUACUAUAUGAAGCGAGGGGAAGGCAUACGUAAAUAUAAGGCGAAAGCAUCAUUAAUGUCACAAGAUAUAGACAAAGGACGUAUUCUGUAUAUAGCUAUAGUGUCAGUAGUAUAGAGGAUAGUUGUGGGGCUCGGGCAUGAGUUAUUUACACCCUAUAUCUGAGAUCGUGACAAUUGUCGUUGGGGCAGAAGGAAGAGGCGCAGCACCCUGAAACCCUUGUUGACUAAUAGGGCUGCACCGCCACACUGAGAGUGAGAAUGUGACUGUUAUAUUCCUCUGU